GUGGAUUCGAAGCCGUAACAUCCGGGCAUUGGGGGGGUUACCUAGAGUAAAGCAGACGGAGAUCGGCGGACCAGAGAGGGAACCGCCCCAGCUGAACUAAAGCUAUCGGGCGCCUCCUUUCUCAUCCCGGCAGAAAGCCAGAGACCAUGGCUGAACCACCGAUAGAAGAUGAAAGCGAGGAAGCGGCUCAAGGCCAAGCGAAGCAGGAACCAUCUCACCAGGCCACUGUGGUAGCCAAGAAUCUCGCUAUACUGAAGGCCCGGUCCUUUGAUGUCACUUUUGAGGUGGGGGACGAGUAUGAGGUCAUCGAGACAAUUGGUACUGGAGCCUAUGGUGUGGUGAGCUCAGCACGCCGUAAGGAUACAGGCCAGCAGAUGGCUAUCAAGAAAAUCCCCAAUGCCUUUGACGUGGUGAUGAAUGCUAAGCGCACACUGCGUGAGCUGAAGAUCCUCAAACACUUCAAACACGACAACAUCAUUGCCAUAAAGGACAUCCUUAAGCCGACGGUGCCUUAUGCUGAAUUCAAAUCUGUGUAUGUUGUGCUGGACCUGAUGGAGAGCGACCUACACCAAAUCAUCCAUUCCUCUCAGCCCCUCACUUUGGAGCAUGUGCGCUACUUCCUCUACCAGCUCCUCCGGGGCCUCAAGUACAUCCAUUCGGCCAAUGUCAUCCACCGGGACCUCAAGCCCAGCAACCUGCUGAUCAACGAGAACUGCGAGCUCAAGAUCGGUGACUUUGGGAUGGCCCGAGGCCUCUGCACCAAGCCCGACGAGUACAAGUACUUCAUGACUGAGUAUGUGGCCACCCGAUGGUACCGUGCCCCGGAGUUGAUGCUUUCCCUGCACGAGUACACCCAGGCCAUUGACAUGUGGUCGGUGGGCUGCAUUUUUGCCGAGAUGCUGGGACGGAAGCAGCUCUUUCCUGGCAAGAACUACAUCCACCAGUUGCAGCUCAUUAUCACUGUCUUGGGGACCCCUCCAGCUAAAGUGGUCCACUCCAUUGGGGCUGAUCGGGUGCGGGCCUACAUCCAGAGCCUCCCGUUGCGCCAACCGGUGCCUUGGGAGAGCCUCUACCAGAAUGCUGACCGGAAGGCCUUGUUUCUCCUCUCCAAGAUGCUGCGCUUUGACCCCCGGGAGCGGAUCUCGGUGGUUGAGGCCCUCAAUUACCCCUUCCUGGCCAAGUACCAUGACCCCGACGAUGAACCCAACUGCGUGCCAGCCUUUGAUUUUGACUUUGACAAACAGGUGCUCACCAAAGAGCAGAUCAAGGAAGCCAUUGUGGCGGAAAUCAAUGAUUUCCAUGACCGCCGGGAGGGCAUCCGGCGGCAGAUCAGCUUCAAGCCAACACUGCGGCCAGCUGUUGACGGUGGCUGUGUGGAUGCCUCGGGCCAAGCCCUCCUCCUUCGGUGCCAUGAUGUGGACAUGCCCAGUGCUGGUUCCCCUCGGGCUGCCGACAGCGAUUAUGCGAUGGCGUCUCCCACACCUUACCCACUGCCAGAGACGAUUGACCUCACUUCUCCCCUCAUGACUGCUGCUGUUGCGCAGCCUGAGGUGAAGGUUGAGGCAGAGGUGCCUGCCGCUCCUCCCAAACGGGAAGGGGCCAUCUCGGAUGACACUAAAGCCGCCCUCAAGGCCGUCAUCUUAAAAUCUGCUCUCCGGAAUAAGAACAAAGAUACUCCCUCUUCUGUCCCGGAGACGCCUGAUAUCCGGAGGCCGGUGACAGCGAAGGAGCGCCAGCGUGAGCGAGAGGAAAAGCGGAAGCGCCGUCAGGAGCGGGCCAAGGAGCGCGAGAAGCAGAAGAAGGAGAAAGAGAAGGAGCGCAAGGACAUGCUGACGGAGAAUGACCGGAACCUCCUGGAAAGGUGGACCAAGAUGGUGGACCGCAACCAAAACAAGCCCACCCAGAACGGAUCUGUGGUCCCACCGCAGGCGGCCACCGCUGGCCAUAUCUUGCCUCAGACUCCUUCUGCCAACCAUUUGCCUCCUCAGGCACCCCCCUCCAACCACAUCCCACCCACACCUCCCAGCAAUGCCCCUGCAGCCGCUGAUUUCCUCACCUUCUCGGACAAGGGGGUGUCUGGCAUGGGACCCAAGCUCACUCUCGUCCCUGUGGGUACGGAACUAGCCCCGGUCCAGGCCUCCAAUGCCAAUGUUGUCCACUUCUUCCCGGCACAAACCGCUCCAUUCCUGGUUGCCGCCUCUCCUUGCCCAAAAGCUGCCCCCGCAAAACCAGAGUGCCUCCUAAGUGUCAAGUACACCCACGGCCAGAUGUUCCAAGCCCCGUAUGGCGUCGCAGCCUCCAACACCUGGAGUAGCAUCCCCCAUUCUGAGAACUGGGCUGUGGCCCGUCAGCUGCCAGUGACUCAGCCAGAGGUGACCCCCCCUAGUGGCACACUACCAGAACAGGCCAUGAGUUACGGGCCUCGCGUUGACGUGGAACAGUCCCUGUUCCUGACAGAGAUGGGCAAGUCUGAGCUACCGCCACGAGGUUUGGUCGGAGAAGAGACCCGAGGGCCCAGCCAGCAACAGAUGGCCAUGGGGCUGUCUCAGGAGACCAGCAUGCCUUUGGAGGCGCCCGAUAUCAAUGUGGUGACGCAGCAGCUGUCCAGGUCCCAGGUGGAAGACCUCCUGCCCCCUGUCUUCUCUGGCACCCCCAAAGGCAGUGGUGCUGGCUAUGGGGUUGGGUUUGACCUGGAAGAAUUUCUGAAUCAGUCCUUCGACAUGGUUGGGGAAAACAGGGAGAGUCAAGGUGACUCUGCCCCGCUGUCGGCCUCGCUUCUCGCUGAUUGGCUGGAAGUCCAUCGCAUGAACCCAGCUGACAUGGAGAUCCUACAACAAGAACUGCAGCUGGGCUCUCCCAUGAUCCUUUCUGACAUUCCAGACCUGCAGGACGCAUGAAAGUGGCGAAUCCCAUCUGCCAACCUCCUCCUUUUUUCUCUUCCUCUCUUGACUGGCUGUGAAAAGGCUCGGUUCUGUUCUUAACGGAUGUUCUGUUUGCCUUCCUGAGUCCUCUGGCUGGGAACAGUCACCACAGUGCCUGUUUUCCUCCUCCCCCUUCCUUAACAAAAAAAAGAAGGCGCCAAAACUGGAUCAGGCCUGGUUGGUGUUUCAGCUAGAGGCCUUAAACAAAGGUGUGAGGGAACCCUGGAACAACGGUGCGGUGGGAAUCGGGAAUUUGAAGCUGCUCAGUAGGGACCUUGGUCAUGACACCAAGGGGGUUCUCCGUUGCCUUGGAAAUGCAUACCAAGUAAACUCCUUCCUGACCCCUCACUGUGUUUCCUGAUCUUGUGGCCUAAAGCUGUACGGUUCCUUCCACGCUUGGGAGAUGAAAAGUUGAGGGAUGUGUGCUUCUACAGACCAGUCCUCCAAGACCACUGAGAAGCCAAGAGACAGAUGGGUGCCAAUUGCAGCCCCUGUGCUGGAGAAGGUAAACUGACCAAAGCUUUGGCUAUUGUGCUGUAUUGGCCAGGCAGGUAGAUGCAGCCCUCUCUCCUCGCACCCAGAAAGCUUGAUGGUGCUGGUCUUGCCUGUGCACGUUAAGGCCGGUUUUGAGCCAGUUGUGUGACAAAGGAAGCACCUGUUGCCUUGGUCUUGAAGCUGAGUUUGCUGGAACAUCUUAAGGGGCGGAGUACUCGGAAUGUCGGCAGCUGCUGCCCACUGAGGCAGACCAUUGGUCCAUCUAGCUCAGUAUUGUCCACUCUGACUGGCAGCAGCUCUCCAUGGCUUCAGGCAGGAAUUUUUCUCAGCUCUACCUGGAGAUGCUGACGAUCGAACCUGAGACCUUUUGCAUACGAAGUAGGAGCUCAACCACUGAGUGACAGCCCCAUCCCUUUAGCAUUCUCUCAAAAGUGUGUAGCGCUCCCUGGAAAUGCCACAGGCCUUGGCCCUAAAUCUGGGGUAGGCAGUUUACUGUGUCUGGGAAUGAUGGGAGUUGUAGUCCCACAUCAGCUGUAGAGCCAAGGUUGCCUAUUCUUGACUUAAAGGGUGAUCCCGACUAUCAUGGGGAUGGCAUGACAGGGUCACCUUGUGGGGACAGAAGGAGCUGCUUCAUACCAAGUCAUGUUGUGGUUCAUCUAGACCUGUACUCUGCACCCCAAAAGUUCUGGAUAGAGUGUUUUCCUGGUUCAUGAGAUUAUUUAUGACUGGAAGUACUGGAGAUUGAACUUCUGGUCCUUCUUUGGUGGCCUUUCUUUUAAAUGGCUGCAUCCAUCCUUACUUGUGGGUAAAACCAAUGUUCAGGAGUACUGGAGAGCUGCUGGUCUUGGGGGCAGGGCAGGGGGUGUACAUAUGUUCCUCACGGCAAUGAGGCAUUAGCAUUAAGAAAGGGCUGCAGAACUUCAGCUCUUCAGCUGUUGUUGGACUACAGCUCCCAUCAUCCCUAGCCACACUGACCAGUAGUCAGGGAUGAUAGGAGUUGUAGUCCAGCACCUGCUGGAGGACCAAGUUGUGCAGCCCAGCAUUAAGGACUUGCUCGGCAUUAGAAAAGAGUUCCCAACCUUGAGUUGUAGCCCAGCAACUUCUGGGGACCCAAGGUGGUGAAUUCCUGCAUUGGGGGUCGCUUGCCGUGUUUUCAUCCAGGAAAAGGCUUCUGUCUUCCUAGAACAGGGCUGCAUAACAUUUGGCCCUCCUGCUGGUGUUGGACUACAAUUCCCAUCCUACCUAUUGGUCACUGUGGCUGGGGAUGAUGGAAGUUGAAGUCUAAAAAGAAUGGAAGGGCGGAAGCUGGGCAGCCCUGUUCUAGAAGCUCUGAAGGAAGCCGAAGUCCCACAGAUGUAGCUUUUAGCUAGGGUUGUGCCGAAACACGAUUUGGCUGUCCGGAUCAUGAGCACCUCCCCUUAAGCGAGGGCUUUCACACCUCCUUUAAAGAAGGAGAGCAGGUCUGUACCUGCUCCUUCUCCACUUGUCACUAUUGCUGCCCUCCCAACACUCCCCCAGCUAUGCCCAUGUGCAUCGUCUCUCCCAGCUGCCACACACAUGGCCUCUUAGCUGGGGGGGGGGAGCAUUGGGAGGGUGGCAAUGGGGGCGAGUGGAGGAGGAGCAAGUACGGACCUGCUCUCCUUCCCUUUAAAGGGGCUGUGAAAGCCCUCGGGUUCUAAAGGGAUGUGCACACGAUUCGGACAGCUGAAUCGUAUUUCAGCACAUCCCUACUUUUAGCCCUAUCUGUGUCAUGAGGAAAAAUGGCACUUGCACUGAAGUAGGGUGACAGUCCACUCUCUUUCUGGGAAGAGAGACUAUAUCCUGGAUGGAAUAUGGUAGUGUUUGAUACUUAUUAACUAGGCUGAGUAACUAAUGUUGGCAUAUGGCAUAGUCCCACUUCUGUGGGCAAAAUGGCUGCUCCCCCUCUAAUUUGCACACUUUCCCAGUCCCUUUAACUUCUUCCUCCUCUGUCUGUUCCUUCUGGGCAUUUCUGGCAACAGCUGAGGCUUUGCUUCACUCACACUGGCUGUUGCCUUUGUUGGGGCCACUUUCCUGUGUCUACCCAAAAUGAGUGAACACAGCCACUUGAUGGGAGCAUGUCCUCCUGAAGAUAUGGCUCAUGAGGUGGUUGUGUUCCCUCACGCAGACCAAUCUACAUGCCAUAUCCGCCACUUGAAGGUAGUUGAGUCCAGGUCCCAUGUGUCCAGCGUCCCUAUCUUGCUAAGAUAAGGGGUCUACACACUUCGGCUCUUCACAUGAUGUUGUGGAUAUGUAUGCGAACCACUCUUACGUUGGAGGAAGGGGGUUGCCACAAUGAAGGCUCUUCCAAAUGGUUUCCACUUGGCUGUAAUAUGCUUAAUGAGGCCCAGCCAUGAAGGAUGAGCGAACCUCUUGGGCGGCCAUCUUGUUUCUUUUUUACUGGGCUUAGCAUGGUUGAAAAUGUAGGUUGUAAUACCCUAGAAGAGGUUACCCGCGCUUCCAGGAGUGCCUUCACAAGGCUUGCUUUGUUUUACACACAGCUGGCCCUGAGGACUUCCUUGUUUACACAAAUCUAGAUUGGAAGGAUGUUACUUUUUUUUUAUUUUUUAAAGAACCCCUUUAUAUAUCACCCUGUCGAAACUGACCCAGGAUUCUGGAAUUUUCCUCAUUCUUAGUAUGGUCUCUUGUGUUUUUCUGAGGAACUGUGAAUUUUCAUAUUGGAGAUAACUCUCCUCUCUCAUAAUAGCUGCCGAAGACUAUAGAGGAACACAACUGGCCUGUUGAUUUGAACUGGCCUUAAGAGAUUACUUGUGGGGUCCAGAUAUUGUCGUGGCUUCAAGAGUAACAACACCUUUCCAUGAAAAAGGUUUACACACUAGUUUGUCAAUUUGAGCCUCUCUCUCUCUUCUGCAUCUCCUUGCAGAAGAUGGGAUUGAAAUCUUGCAUAGUUCUAGAGGUAGGUAUUUGGAGACUCUUGGUGCUAGGAUAGUAGAGUGGAAAUGCAAAACCCACCUCUGACAAUCCAGAGGUCAGAUCUGAAAUGGGUUCCUGGAUAGGUUGUUGAAUCUGUAUGUACAAUUUUGUUUGUCUGAGCUUUCAGGGCUGUUGGGAUGUGUGAUGGUUUUUCCAAGUUGUGAUGUGCUAUGUGGUAUUGCCACUGAAAUUUCUAUUAAAAAGAUGACUUGUAAAAAUAAAAAAAUAAUGUUGUUUUCUA